AGCACAGCAUACGAAAAAGAGCUGUGCCCUCAAAUCCCUUUAUAAACCAGAACCCCCGAUAUGGCACUCUGCUGUGACUAUCCAGGUAUUUGAACUCUAUUCUUCUCUACAAAGGAUGAGCCUAUACGCUCUUUGCGACAUCCUGUGUCAUAAUAAAGUCUCGGCCAACCACCAUAUACAAAGAGAGUAGCAAACUAGAAAGCAAUGGUAUUGGGUGGACAAACUAUAAAAAGGCAAUGCUAUCCACGAGUAUAGCGGGAUCUCCGCGGCAUAGGCAGGCGCGAGGGUAUUGUCCCUGGAACCGGGAUCCCCGUCUGCUGUGUCUCCACCGCAGUCGGUGCUUCUAUUGCGGCCGAUUUAGAGACCACUUUCGCUACACCCUUCUCGUCUCCGUCGAGGGGGCCCUGGGUCUUGGGACGCUGAGCUGGCCGCUGGGGCACAGUAUCUGGCGUCGGCGACGAUGUCUUGUCGGAUGCGCGCUUCAGCACAACUUUCGUCUCAGUCUUCGUCCUUGCUGGCGAGUUGGACCUUGCAGGCGACACUGCCCUCAAGGGCGAUCUGUCUCUGACAGGCGACUUGCUGUACCGCGACGAGGGACUCUUGUAUCCAUUGGUACCGAAUGGAGUGCUGCCACUGGUGCUGUUUUCACCAGUCGAAGAGCUGGGGUAUACCGGGAUACUCGUCCACACCAGCAUCUCCCGGUUGGCUGGCACAUUCGGGUCAUCGAGUUUGCGGAUGAUAUCCAGGUCAGGAAUGGUGCGGUUCCAGCUCGACACUGACUGAUACCGAGUAGCCCGUGGCGUUCCCGCAGUGGCUGGGGUAGGCAGGAUGCCUGACUUGGUCUCACGCUCUACGACACCGGCAAUAGCAGUGAUGCCAUUGCUGAGUGC